GUCGUCAUUAGGGGAUCGGUGUUAAUUGGUGGUACAAAUAGUUUAAUAAACAAUUUCAAAAUAGGUAACUGCAAUCCAUAUAGAAAUAAUCGCAAAACUGACAACGACGACAACAUGUCGGAUGAAGCAGAUUUUGAACUUUUCUCUGGCAAAAAAUCCAAAGCCAAACAUGACAAAGCUGACGCUGCCAAGAAUGCGGGGCAAACCCAUGACAUCAUCACACCAACAAAUCAAGUAAUUGUUUCACGUUCUACUGAGGAGGAGUACUACCCAAAUAAUAACCCAAAUGUGGGUAUUGCCGUUAUACUGAAUCACAAAUACGUCAAGGGUCAGAAAGAUCGUAUGGGUACGGAGAAGGAUCGUGAUACGAUCGCGCAAACAUUGAAGUUAUAUGGCUUCGAUGUGCGUGUAUUUAAUGAUCUCACAUUCGAGGAGGUGGAUGGACAGCUAAGGGCAAUCGCCAAAGACGAUCACACCAACAAUGAUUGUUUUGUAUUGGUUGUUAUGUCACAUGGCGCCGAAGGGCGAGUAUUCGCCAGCGAUAUGAGUUAUCCGGUGGAACGCCUAUGGCAACCAUUCUUGGGCGAAAAUUGCAAGAGCUUGAUUAAUAAGCCAAAAAUUUUCUUUGUGCAAGCGUGCCGCGGUGAGCGACUAGACAAACCUGUCGUCUUUAGUGAAUUCGCUGUGAUGACGCGACAAAUUGGAGGGCCUAGCCUACCCGAAGAAAAACCGCCUGUGAUAACCUAUGCUAUACCAAAUACAGCCGAUCUACUAGUAAUGUAUUCGACAUUUGAAAAGUAUUAUUCAUUUCGUAACGUCGAGAAUGGUUCUUGGUUCAUACAGAGCCUAUGUGAAGUCUUGACAGCGAACGCCCAGAAGUCAAAUGCAAGCACUGAAGGUGUUGAUUUCCUACGCCUACUGACCGCAGUCAAUCGCAAAGUGGCUUAUGAAUAUCAGUCAUUCGCCAAAGUUGAGGCAUUGAAUCAAUUAAAGGAGAUGCCAAACUUUCUAUCAACACUCACCAAAACCUUUUAUAUCAAAGUGAAGUGUCGCCACAGCAAGUGAAUCAUUAAAAAAUAAAGCCAUUGCAGAGCAA